UUUGUUGCUGUAGAUUUUGUGCAAUAAAUUUAAUUAAAUAUAUUCGCGUACAACUUACCACUGCUGUAUUUCAUAAUUAAAAAAGGUAAAUAAAGAAAUUCCUUCCCUAAACUAAAUCUUUACUCUACGCGCACAUUAAAACGCGUUUCCAUCCCUAUAUAAACGUCGCCACAACUCUUCGAUCGAAAAAAAAAAAACCAUAUUUCUCUCUUAUUCUCUUUCAGUUUGAUUAUUUUUUCUCCCAAAUGGCGAAAAAUAACGCAGCAAUCACGCUAACCCUAGAAGAAGAGGUCGAGAAAGUCUUCAGCAAGUUCGACACCAAUGGCGACGGCAAGAUUUCGCUGGCCGAACUCGGCGACAUACUCAACGGUCUCGAAUCCGGAUCCGCCACUUCCGCCGACGAGGUGAAGCGCAUAAUGUCGGAGCUCGACACCGACGGCGACGGAUUCAUCGACUUGAACGAGUUCAAGGCCUUCCACUGCGGCGGCGGCGGUGGCGACAGCAACAAGGAAUUGAAAGAGGCUUUCGCUCUGUACGACAAGGACAAAAACGGCAAGAUCUCCGCAAACGAGUUGCACUCGGUGCUCCGCAGCCUCGGUGAGAAGUGCUCGCUCAAGGAUUGCCGGAAAAUGAUCAGCUCCGUCGACGUCGACGGCGACGGCUGCGUGAAUUUCGAGGAAUUCAAAAAGAUGAUGACUAGGUCUUCUUAAUACCGUACGACGAUUAGAUUUCAUCUAACUGUUAGUCUUACUAUUUUUCUUUUUUCUUCGAAUUUAAGCAACUUAGAGUAGUUCUAGUUUCAUGUAUAGAAUUUCGUCUAUAAUUUUUCUCUAAAAGCAUAGGACAAUUGCGAUAAAGAGAAACUGUUGAAAUUACUGCGGUGUUUUCAACAAAGCAGUUGGCGGUGGAUAGGUCACGAGUAAAAAGGGGGAUUUCGUUGGCAUUUAAUGGAAUUGGUAUGAACCAAUCGUAGUUGUUGAUUUUAUUGCUUUUAUUUAUUAUUAUAAACAAUUUUUGUGGUUGAA